AUGGCUUCAUCUAUGGACCAUUCAAUUAAGAAUUCGAAAAGGGUUUGCCUUUUUUACUGCUCGGAAAUGAAGGAUCUUGCUGAAAGAAUAGCGUCAGAAUCUGACAGUAUUGAGCUCCGUGGAAUUACCUGGAGGACAUUCGAAGAUGGAUUUCCCAACUUAUUCAUAUCUAAUGCUCAUGGAAUUCGUGGACAGCAUGUUGCUUUUCUUGCUUCAUUUAGCUCUCCCGGAGUUAUCUUUGAACAACUGUCUAUCAUCUAUGCACUGCCAAAGCUGUUUGUCUCAUCAUUUACACUUGUCCUCCCAUUUUUCCCAACGGGCACGUUUGAGCGGAUGGAGGAGGAAGGAGAUGUUGCCACAGCUUUUACUCUAGCCAGGAUCUUGUCAAAUAUUCCGAUUUCGAGGGGUGGACCCACCAGUUUGGUAAUUUUUGAUAUCCAUGCCUUGCAGGAGAGAUUUUACUUUGGAGAGAAUAUUUUACCAUGCUUUGAAAGUGGUAUACCUUUGCUCUUAAAUAGGCUCCAAAGGCUCCCCGACUCUGACAAUAUAGCCAUUGCAUUUCCAGAUGAUGGCGCAUGGAAACGAUUUCACAAGCAGCUGCAACACUUUCCAACAAUUGUUUGCAUAAAAGUUAGGGAAGGUGAUCAACGUAUUGUACGCCUUAAGGAGGGAGACCCGAAGGGACGUCAUGUUGUGAUAGUGGAUGAUCUUGUGCAGUCAGGUGGCACACUAUUAGAGUGCCAGAAAGUUUUGGCCAAGCAUGGAGCUGCAAAAAUUAGUGCUUAUGUGACACAUGGAAUUUUCCCGAAUAGUACGUGGGAGCGGUUUAAACAUGAUGGUGGAGGGAAUCCCGAAAACGGAAUGACUUACUUCUGGAUCACGGACUCGUGCCCACGAACAAUUAAGCAGGUGAAAAACAAAUCCCCAUUCGAGGUUCUAAGCCUUGCUGCUCCCAUUGCAGCUGCACUCCAGGUUUAA